UAAAUUUUAAGGACCAGUACUGCAAUUUACGAAGGGACUAAAUAGAUAAAAAAAAUAUCGCGUCCUGAUCAAUGUUAGACCCAAAGCAUAUUGUUUCAUGAAACCCAAUUCUCUCUCUAUCGCUGAAAUGGCUCCAAUGAGCUAAGAAGGUAAAUUAUUUCAAUGGUUCAACAAACAGUAGAUUCCAAAGUUAGGGAAUAUGGGAUGGGCACUUCGGAAACUGAGUUUUCUACUGGUGAAAAGCAGUUGCCAGUUGCUGUAAAGAAGACUGUGUUGAGAGAUUUGCAAAACGAUAAUAGAGUCAGGGUGCCCAACUCUAUCGAAAAAUCUCCUCUGUUAAAGGAUACAAGUCCUUUAACCAGUACCAUUAAACUUUCUGGCACCAAGAGAGACUCACCUGAGUGCCCAGAAAGCCCUUCUCAACACCGGUCUCCAAACAGUAACUUCACAAAUGGGCACCUUGUCUAUGUCCGUAGAAAAUCAGAGGCAGAGGUAGGCAAGAGCAGCAUCUGUGAUAGCACAAACACCAAUGCUAAUGGUUUUCAAUCAAGGCCACUUGGCCAGCAGAAGGAAAUCGUCCAACCUAUACCACAAAUUAAAAACCCAGAAGUAUCUUGUUUUCCUGCACAUUCUCCUAUUGCAAUGACAUCAUCCAUGAUCCCCUCUAGAAAACCUUCUGUUCCUCUUCCGCAAAAGUCUGGUAUGCAGUUAGCAUCCAAAGAAUCCAAUGACCUCAUUGUUUCUGAUACACCUUCAUCAGGUAAUUUAAAAGCACUAAGAAAUUUGAACUGGGAGGAGCGAUAUUGUCAGUUGCAUUCGUUGUUGAACAAAUUGGACCAAUCACAGCAAGUUGACUAUCUUAAAAUGCUUUGGUCACUCUCCUCAGUGGAGCUAAAUAGACAUGCGGUUGAGUUGGAAAAGAGGUCAAUUCAGCUAUCACUCGAAGAAGCUAAAUACAUUAAUAGAGGCCUGAAACCUUCCAUUUGGACUUACUCUCUCCGUAGAAUCAAUAGCUUUUAUUUCAAUUUGUUAUUUCUCAGCAAUAACUACAGAAGGCCAUGUUCCUGAUCCUAUGUUAACUUCUUUGAGCAGUUAAACUGCCUUAGUUGUACGGCGCAAAAGAGUUUCAGCGGGUUCAGGUUCUUAAUGUUCUAGGAAAACCAUCUGUAUCACCCUCAACUCAUCAACACCAACCGGAGAAGCGAGUUUAGUUCCAGUUUCAGCCAUAAUGUUUAUUCUCUAGUUGAUUGAAAUGUGGCCAACUUGUUUCUUCUCUCAUGGGCUCUAUCUUCAUCUGCGAGUUCUGCUCCUGCUGUUAUGCGAGUUCUGUCAUGUGGAAGCUGUUGUUGCUGACUGUAUUUACUUGUAAUUAAGGUGAAAUUUCAUAGAAAUUUAAUUCCUCAUCAGCUUUCACGCAACCUUUGUUAGAUUGAGAGACAUACCAAUUAGUAUGUUUAUAUGAAAUAACUAAAGAUUGUAUAGGUACGCUGCCCAUAAACUCUUUAUUUGAAAAGGAAUGCAAUUCAAACUGAGUAA